AUGCAUCUCAACUUCGCCUCCCUCCUUGCCAUCACCUCGGCCCUGGCCACGCCAUUCGCCCUGGGCGCAGCUGUUCCAGCCAGGAUGACCAACAUGAAAGACCACAAAAUCAUGCAGAUGCCACCGAACGAGACCAUACAACUCGGCCGAGCCGUCGUCGACAACCACUGCCCCAUGUCCAUCUACCUCUGGUCUGUCGGGCAGAACAUUAGCUCCGAGACUGUCCUCCACCCGGGCAUGGAAUACUACGAGGUCUUUAGACGGGACCCGAAGACCGGUGGUAUUGCGAUCAAGAUCACCACCGUUCCAGAUGGGCUGUACACCAGUGCCCCGCAGACUAUCUUUGCAUAUAACCUUGUGAACGAUACUGUUUGGUAUGAUCUGUCUGAUGUCUUUGGGGAUCCGUUCGAGGGGGAUUCUGUGAGUCUUAUCCCUUCGGAGCCGGUGAUCCAUUGGGACGAAGGGAUUCCGCCGAGUGGAAGCCAGGUGCGCAUGUUGAAUGAUGCGACGACGGACUUGGUGCUGAUCCUCUGUGCUGGGCGGGACGAGGAGAUAUAUGCAUGA